AUGCCUGACAUCAACUCCACGCCUGCGAAUAUGUCACCGACGUCAAACUCAACUCUCAACAAGAGUGAUUCAGAAUCCUCGAAGACGGACGAUAAGAGGACAGCAAGCCACGAGGUUAUUACCCCUCCUAAAGGAGCUGAGCUUCUAAAGAAUGAUAAGACCGUACAGGAUGCUGACACUAAAGACAAGACUGAGACUGAAAAGGAUCCCGAGACCGACGAGAGCACCACGACUGGGGAGAAUGCCAAGAAUGGAAAGGGCACUGAGACCGAAGAAAACAUCAAGAUCAAAGAGGAUACCAAGAAAUCUGAUGACUCGAUCACAGAGAGUAAUAUGAUCAAUUACCUAUUUGCAAGUCACGAAGAGGCCUGUGCUCGUGUAAAACAAAGACAUCUACCGCCACCAACACCCAAGAAAUCCAGCACAAGACUGUUCGAGUCACAUCCUCUGAAUGCAACGGAAGCCUACAUUGGUUCGUCUGCUCGAGCAGACUCUUCACGUGUACAUCUGAACCUCGAUCGAUGGUACAAUAGGCCGAGGAUCCGGGAAUGGAGACGCCACGAAAGCAGCGAACGAGACCAGUGGGAAUGA